AUGCAAAAGUUUGAUGCAUUUCUUGUAUAUUCUUAUUUACCAUUAUUACCUAUACAUUAUGAACCAUUCAUAUAUCUAUAUGAUAAAACGACAACAUUUGGUAGAGGUAAAAAAUCAGAUGUAGAAUUUUUAUCAAUGAGUGCAUCAAGAGAACAUUCAAAAAUAACAGUGGAAAUAAGUAAAAGAGGUUAUAAAGAAUACUUUAUAGAGGAUUUAGAUACAUUGAAUGGUACAUUUAUAAAUGGUGUUAGAAUUGAAAUUAAAACCAAAUUAAGACAUAAUGAUAGAAUUAGAUUUGGUAGUAAUUCUUCUGAAGUUAGAUAUACAUUUAAAUUAAACUACAAAUUAUCAUUUGAGAAUAUAAAUAUCUUUAAAUUUUUAAAAUCUCUAGAAAAUGAUAAACAAAAAUUAAAAUCUCAUCCACUUUCAAAAUUAUUUACACCUUUAUUAGUUGCAUCAGAUGAACAGGAGAUGGAUUUAAAAGAUGAAAAUAAUAAUAUAGAUAAUAAUAAUAAUAAUAAUGAUAAUAAUAAUAGUAAUAAUAAUAUAGAUAAUAAUAAUAAUAUAGAUAAUAAUAAUAAUAUAGAUAGUAAUAUAAAUAAUAUAAAUAAUAAUAACAUAAUAAAAAAAAAAAAUUUAGAAAAUGAAAAGAUUAAAAAAUUACAAGUUAAUGAAACACCAUCAAAUAAAACAAAUACUUCAACCUCUUUAAAUAAAACUGCAAAAAAAACUAUAACAAAAACACCAAAAACAAUAAAUAAAAAAAGAAAACAUGAAGAAAUACAUAAAGAGGAUGAAGAAAAUGAAGAGGAUGAAGAUGUGGGAGGAGGAGGAGGGGGAGGAGAAGAAGAAAAAGAAGAAAAAGAAGAAGAAAAGACAGAAAUAAUUGAAAAAGAUUCAUUGGUUCAAUUUAUAUUAGCAGAUAAAUCUUGUAACAUUGGUACAGUUAUUUCUUAUAAUAAAAAUAAAAAUUCUUACUUGAUUCAAAGCGAUUCAAAGAGAAUUCAAAUUAAUAAUGGAGAGAUAGAGAAAGCAUGGGUCAAAAGAUUAGAAUUUGAAAAAGUUAAUAUUAAAUCUAGAGUAAGGAUAUUUCAAAAUGAAAAGUGGUACAGAGGAGUAAUCCUUGAAAAAAGAUACAAUUCAGGAGGAAGGAUAAAAUAUGAAUACUUAGUUCGACUCAUUGAUAUUAAACAACCUCAUAUAUGGAUUGGGGGAUCAAAAAUAUUUAAAGAAUAA